UGCUCACGGUGAAGACAUUGUCUUCCCAGAACAUCCGUUAUUGGUAACAGGGUCUCGUGACCACAAAAUACACGUUUGGAAGUUGCCAAUUCUUCAAGAGGACACUGUAGGUGAGACUACGUUUGAUAGUGGAGAAAGUGAAAAUCCCUACUUGAUAGCGGUUCUUGCGGGCCAUACACAAUCGGUGCGUUCUUUAUCGGGGUAUGGAAACAUUAUAGUAUCCGGUUCAUAUGAUUCAACCGUUCGAGUGUGGGACUUGCUUGACAAUGCGAGAUGUAAGCAUAUAUUGCAAGGACAUCAAGAUAGAGUGUACUCAACAGCAAUAGACUACAGCAAGAAAGUGUGUUUUUCGGGAUCCAUGGAUUCAACCAUAAAUAUAUGGAAUUUUGAGACAGGCGAGUUGUUGAAAGUUCUAGAGGGCCAUUCGUCGUUAGUUGGUCUAUUGACUUUGGUAGACGAAGUGUUGGUAUCUGCUGCUGCCGAUGCAUCGCUCAGAAUUUGGGAUCCGGUGACUGGCGAAUUGAAAAGUAAAUUGAGAGAACAUGCUGCCGCUAUAACUUGUUUCGAGCACGAUGGAUUGAAAGUUGUCAGUGGAAGCGAGAAACAACUCAAAGUAUGGGAUGUGCGACGGGGAGAAUUCGCCAGGGACUUAUUAUACGAUGUCACUGGAAGUGUUUGGAACGUAAGUAUCGAUUAUAAGAGGUGUGUUGCCGCUGUGCAAAGAGUAAACAGAGCUGGUGAGGGUGAAUUGUUUCUUGAGAUAUUAGAUUUCAGCGAAAGCCAGCAGAAUUAA